CCUCAAGAAAGCACAUUGUAGAGAAGAACAUUCUUACUCUCAAAGCAACAAUUCACACACUCUCAAAGUCUGUUUGCUCAAUUCUUCUCCUUCAACAGGCUUCUUUCUCUCUGUACUGUGAUUAUUCUCUUCAGCUUCUGUUUGCACCAGUCACCUUCCAUGAAUAGCGGCAGUAGUAUCUUCUCCAUGAACACUUUGAUCAUGCUCCUCUCUCUGUUCUCUCUGAUCGGGGAAGGGGUCUUUGCCCACGCUUUCCUUGUAUAUCCCUUCUCUUGCGAGUGAGAGCGUGUGAGUUUUUAAUCCUAGUGGUACUUUAGAGAUCGCUAGUUGUUCCCAAGUCAACUGUUUCUGAUGGAUUCGCUUCACUUUAAGAACAUCAAAGUUGAGAAAAGGGGUUACAGAAGUACUGGGAAGGGGUGUCAACUAAGAAAGAUUGCGAGCCUGUUCAGGAUCAUGGAGAUAUGUGUUCUGUUGGUGUUGCUCUCGAGGUUUUCCACUCAACUGCCGAUGGCCGUCAAGAACUCGGGCGAGUAUUUCCGGGGCUUGAAGGUGGUUCUGGUGAGUCCCCGGUUCGUCUUCAUCCUUGGAAACGUGAUAAUCGUCACUCUGUUUGUGAAGUCCGGACAGUUCUCUGCUCGGGAUUCCGCCAUAAAGAACGAUCUUUACGAUGAAUUCCUAGAGAAGAGCGAAAAGAGUAGGAACAGCCACCAAACCGAAACCCAAUUCCAGGACAAGCAAAUUAUAUGUGAGGAAACUAGUGAUGAUAAUAAGCAUGUUGUUCACGGGGAUGGGGCAGUGAAGACUUAUAGGAGGAGCCAAUCAGAGAACUUGCAUCACGUGAACCGUGUGAAAUUGCAGCGAGUUCUAAGGCGUUCCGCGACAGAGAAAUGCAGGGAGAGUGCUCUCUGUGCCGAUAACGGGAAAUUGGAGAAAAGUUCCUUCCCUGAGGAUUCUUUGAGCAAUGAGGAGUUCCGUCGCACGGUGGAGGCUUUCAUCGCCCGGCAACAGAGGUCUCUGAGGGAAGAGAAGUAGUCUGUGUCGUAAAAUGCUUGUCAGAUCAUAAGGUUUUGUUUCAUCGGGUAGGACACGUUGAGCAACUGGUUUCCAUCUGUCUAAUCUGCUACUGAUACAACGAAUGUGCACAAGCCGAGUUCUUACUGAGUUGUUGGAAUGUGAACAACUUUUCAAAGUAUGCUUUCAGGCCGACUGUGAUCCAGUGAUGCAACUUUCAGAGCAUCAGUUUUAUUGACAUUGGAUACAAAGAUAAGAAAUUCGGAUUCGCAAAGAUCGCUAGAUUUGGCCUUUCCAUUCAAGAAGAUGAUGUGGAGGAACUUCGGCUAAUAGAAGUAGGGCGGACGCUCUUUCAUUCCGAGAGAAUAAUAUGGAUUAAUAGGCAGGAAUAUAUCCCAGGAAUGUAAUUCUCAGGAAUAGUAUGCUUUGAUGCCGUGUGCUUAUAAAAUCAUCUGUGUUUCCA